AAAAAAAAGGAAAAAUCCACUAUCAAUCGUCAUGUCGGCACCAGGGUCAUCGAAGCCGUCAGGCGGCCCGGGGAAGAAUUCACCACCCUCGGCGGGACCACAGGCAGGUGCGGCAGCGACGCCGGGAUCAGCAGGAUCAGCAGGUUUAACAGGCUUGGAAUCGAGCACGGAUGACGCAGACUGGCCCGAAGGACUCGCUAAAAUCGCCCCAUAUAUAGCCCAAGAGCUACUUGACAGUUCAAAAGUCGCAACACUUAGCCCUAGCUCCGAUAGGGAUAGUUUUACACAGGAGGUGUCGAAGGCGCUGAAAGCAAAGGUGAUUCCAUUCGCCGAAAUCCAGGAGCAGGCCAUCAGCAAAGAGCUCCGCAAUGCACAGGCUGCUACGACAACUGCACAAGACCAGCUCGCCGUGGAGAAGAAACUGCGCAGUGAGACGGCAAAUGAGCUUGACCAAGCAAGGAAGGAUGCCGAGAAGGCCCGAGCUGCCCAUGAGCAGUAUAUCCAGGAUCUCAGGGAUAGUCACCAAAAGGCACUGCAGAAAGCUGAUGUGCGAGAGGCAGACCUCAACGGACAGAUAAAAAAACUAAGAGAAGAUAUUGGAAAACAUAAAAAAACCAUAUCGAGACAAGAAAAUCAAAUAAAUACCAAUGAUGAGUAUACUUCAAACCUUGACUCGAAUUACAGCGAGUUGAAAAAGGAAAAUGGAAGGCUUCACAAGCGCAACAACGAGUUGCAGGAUCUUGUAGAAAAGCAAGCUUCUCAAGUCGCGAGCGAUAGGACAAAGAAGCAGCAGUUACAGGCUCGCAUCGAACAACAACAAAGAGAUUACAAGAGUAUUGAGAAGGGACAAACCUUAACAAUCACUGAUUUAGAAAAUAAGUUGAAGAUAGUCAGUGUAGAGAAGGCCGAAAUCCAGAAAAGACUGGACGACCACGAAAGGGCAGCGACUACUGCUGCUAGCAUAGCUAGCAUAGCUAGUCCUACGGGAAGCUCAGGAUCCCAAUCUUCGCGAUCGUCGGCGGGAGCAGGUACUGCUGCUAAUUUAGAUUUAGCGGCUGAGCUUGAGCCGGACCUACACGAGCAGAUCAGCACACUCAACGAUCAGAUCAAGGAACUGGCUGAUGACCAUGCCAAGUGCAAAUCGAAGCUCGACAAAUCAGACCAAGCUAAAACUGCAGCCCAACAGCAUGUGAAGGAUCUAGAAAAGGAGAUCGAGAAGCGAAGGAGCGAUUAUGACAAUCUGAAAAAGGAGCGCGACGACCUUCAGGCGCAACUCAAGAGGGCAACAGCUAAGAAUGAUGACAACGCCAAGGAAAUAAAGCGGCUGAAGCCGUUUGAGGCAAGUGUGGAUGGUCUUCAGAGGCGGGAAAGAGAACUUCAAUCUCAGUUGAAGAACAGGGCCCAGGAACUGAAGAGAGCGCAGGAUGAGCUUAAACGGCUAAAGCAGCAACGCGACGAUGACGAUAGCACCAACGCGCAAGAAGAUCCUACGGCCGGUGCCAAGUCAGAUGAUGACGUUCAGGCAGAGGGUGAUCACAAGGACGACAACGACACCAAGGCUGACGAUGACCUGCUCGAUGAGUGUAGAGCCGAUUGUGAUGCACUUAGGCAGCAGCUCGAGGACUGCAAAGACAAUGGCGAUGCACUUAAGCAGCAGGUCAAGGACCUCCAAGACCAGCUCGAGGAUGAGAAGGACAAGCAUACGGCGGACACGGCAAAUCUACAAGCUCAAGUAGAUGCGGCACGAAAUAAAUUGAAGGAAUAUGAGGAGAAACUGAAUAAGCUCCAAGACGGCACUGGCAAUGACCAUAGCGGUCUCAAAGAUUAUUUUACAAAUCUCUUCGACGAGUUGUUCAAACAAACCCGCGAGGUAAAAGCCAAGUUAGAUGAGCAAAUCAGGAUCAACAAGGACACGCAGACCCAAUAUAUCGAUCGUCUCGGCCAGAUAAAUCAGGAUAUCAACGACGACGCAAAUCCAGACAGUCACGAGGUCGCACUUAACAAGAAGAGAGCGGCGGGAGUGCAGAAGGAGAUCACCAGGAUGAACGGUAUCAUCAAUGUCUUGUUAGAGGAGAGGAACUGGUUCGAAGAAACGACUGAGCGUCUCGAAGACGCUCAGCGCAGAGCCGAAGACGUCCUAUCUAGACCGGCAUCAGACGCUGGAGACGUAUCACAGGCUGAAAUUGCACCACCACCUCCUCCUCCUCCUCCACCACCACCAGCAGUGAAUCCACCUCCACCCGGAGAUAAUGCGCUAGCUAGGAACGGGCGGGGAGGACAAGGCGGACCGGGAGGACCGGGAGGACUUCGCAGAGUGUUGGCGAACCUGUCGGCACAAAUUCGCGCGGGCGAUUUGCCACUCUGGGUCAACAUCAUCACGUUCUUUGUGAUGCUGGGAAUCAUCGUGGCACACGGGCGCGAGUUUACUACGUACAAAUCCAUCAACUCGGGGGCAGAGAAGAGGGCCAUGUACAUCAACUCCUUAGACACGCCCGGCUUUACCUUGAAGGGAACAUCUUGGGAGCUGUUAUGGGAGUUUAUCUUCGGUCUGUUGGCGCUGACUUGGGCGUGGAGUUUAUAGGUAUUUUUUUUUUAGGUACCUAGUAGGUUGGUAGCCAUAGUAUAGUUUCUUUUAGUAUCCCUGGAAACCCAUGAGGUGUAGAUGUCUGUUUUAGAGAGGGGAUUGGUUAUGGGUAAGCCAAGGUAUAUAUAAAUACAGGUGCUUCAAGGAUUCAUGUUGGUAU